AUGAGUGAGCUCCUUGUGGAAACUGUUGGGUUCCGCUUGCUGAAGCCACCUCCGCCACUGUGGACUCCCGAAGCUCGUUCUCUGUCAUCCACUGUAAGGGAUCACCGCACACCACACCACGUCAGAUGGGCCGUGGACACCAGCUCUGAGAUCACCACCAAGGACUUACAGGAGAAGAAGGAGGUUGUGAACGAGGCGGAGAAUGGAAGAGAUGCCCCCGCUACCGAGGAAAAUGGGGAACCGGAGGCUGACGACAAGGUAGAUGAAGGAGAGGAAGAAGGUGGGGAAGAGGAGGAUGAAGAGGAGGAAGGUGAUGGUAAAGAAGAAGAGAUUGAAGAUGAGGAGGCUGAGGCAGCUACAGGCAAACGGGCAGCUGAAGAUGAUGAUGAUGAUGAUGAUGUGGAUACCAAGAAGCAGAAGGCUGACCAGGAUGAUUAG